AUGGCAAUGCUUAAAUACAAAGAAGUUUUCAAACAUUCUAGUAAGUCUCACAAAUCUGUCUAUGUCAGUGUUGAACAGGUUAAUGUUGUUGCUUUUAGAGGCAAAUAUUACGCAUAUCCGGCAACGUUCAUGAAGGUCGAUGCUAUGGUACGUUUUUUUUUUGGUUUAUAUUUGUUCUUUGUUUAGGUUAAAAUUUGUUUUUGGCUUUUUAACAUGUUAUCGAUGGAAAACACCUUUCUUUUGGUGAAUGUGGAUAAAUAUUGUUUUUACAAGCCUGGAAACGAUGAAUUUUUAUUUAUAAUCAUAGGAAAUAGUUGUGUUUAGCUUUUGUCCAUCCUUUAUUUGGAUUAAUAUUUGUUUUGGUUAUCAAACAUCUAGUUAUUGAGCAAAAGAUCUUCCUAUCAACGAAAAUUAUCAAAAUCCGAAUCUACCAGCUGCUAAACCAAUUUUAUAAGCUCAAGAGAACGCUAAAAUUUAUUUAUUUUGCUUAAGGUCUAAGCUUCCAGGUAUGGUUUCAUAUUCUGGCAGUGGUCAACAUUGCUGUAGCAGUGCUUGGUUAUUUCUCCGCUACUGCAUGGGUGUUAAGAAUGAUGAAUACUUGUUGCAAAAAUGUUGUUCACCCUUUCUUUGCCACUAAUGUUCUAUACUAUGUGCAGAUCAUUACUGCUCUACAUUGCUGGUUUUUUGCGAUUUUCAAGAGAACUAUCAUUGAAUCUGAAAAUGUGCCGUAUUUGAACGUAAGUUUAGGUAAUAUCGAGGUUAUUUGGGUUGAUAAAUGAAGAAUUGGCUUUGCUAUUUCUUUGUUAAUGUUUUAGGUUUGUCUUUUUGGUCUAUUUAUCUUGUUUUUGCUAGGUUUGGACCUGUUUUCAUGCGAUUACAAGUAAAUCAAGUCUAAUAUUUAUCUAUUUUUCAGUUUAUAACCGUUAUAAUUGCAACUUUCUGGGUGUUCUUCGAAAUCGGGCAUAACAUUCCGGCAAUGGAGGUGACUUUGCAACUGGUAGCGUUAUUCGGAUACUUUGUCAGCACUAACAUCGUCACCUACACCAAGACUGGAUAUUGUUGGUUCUCCAAAGAGUUGCGGCCUCAACGUUGUGGUCAAGCCAUUCCAGAGAAGAAAAUCUUUAUUUGGGAUGAUCUACUUAACGAUUUAGUAUAUAGAGUAUGGUAUUCUACUGAUCUGGAUGUAAGUUUAUUUGUUUUUUGGAUCAUAAGUGAAGCUUUUUUGAUAUUUUAGGUUUUCGGUCGAUUCUGUGCCCUUACAUGUGUCUUGCUCCCAGGUAUACGUUGCUAUAUGGAUCAUUCCGUCCGUCGUGCUAGUUUCUGUUCGGUUACGAUGAUGUUGACGGUUAUAAGCUGUUUUGAACUCAAAGCUUUCAUAGGACAUCGGCAAAAUGGCUUCAAGUAUAUUAUGGUAGGGUUUUUGUUGUUGUUGAUUGAAAAUUCAGGUUUUUGGUCCUCUUCUGGUAUAAUAAGAUGUGUAUUAGAUGGGUCAUCUAUAAUUUACGUUUUGGGCUUCUCUCUCUCUCUAUCACCCAUCUUCCUAUAAUAUUUUUUUGAGGAAAGAAGCAAUUUUAGGCAGCAAUGUCAGGACUGUUCCACAUUUAUUCAAUCGUUAUGGCCGUUUUUCUGUACCUCUGUAUUGGAGAUGAAAGGCACAAGCGUAUAAUGGAGCAAGCACAAUUUGCAAUUGUGCACUUGUUGACAUCUGCCAGUAUUUACACUGUCUGCGCUGUUAUUCAUGUCAUUUUCUAUAACAAGCUGAAGCAAGCUAAAAAUGGAUAUAAUUUAAGAGACUAUUGACUUUGAGGACUACUAAACGGAAUCAUUUAUUGUAAAAACAGCGUUUUUGAAGGUUUAACGCCGUUGAAGAUGUUACACUUGAACCUAUAUUGUUAUUGAAAAUAAUACCUCUAUUUGGCCCUUUUUUAUGUUGUUGAAAGUUAAUAUUUGUAUUGUUUAAUAAUGUGGACCGUAUUAAAUUAAUAAAUUAUCUUAACCAUAUAGAGAAUUUGUCUAAAAUACGGCCGUAUACGGUCUUGCUUUUGUUUUUGUGAAACAAUGUCGCAAUGGAUUUGGUCCCACCGCGAAAACCUGAUUGAAAUCAGCGCGUUUUUACGCCGAAAACUUGUAAAAAGUAGAAAAAUCGACCGUUAGACCUAGUUUUACAGUUUUUACCCUUAUAAACUGUCACUUUUAAACUUUAAGUUAAUCUACAGCGUAAAUAUGAUGUUAUUCAUGAUAUUUACUAUAAAUAAAGGUUAAGAUCCGCGUUUUGUGGCUAGAUUUCUCCGGCUUGACGCAAUAUUGUUCGUCAAUAACUUUAUUAUUAUAUUUCUCAUGAAUAUACGUGUAAAUUUAUAUAAACGCUUUGAUAUUUAGGUAGUAUUGAGGACUAUGGAGAAGAUUAAACAACAUGAACUUUAUCCUAUUUUGCCGCGUUCAACUGGACCUUCAGCACCUCCAGAAGCUGUUACUGUUGGUGUAGCUGAUCGGCGAGUCAAUGUGGUCGCGUUCCGAGGUCAAUAUUACGAGUAUCCGUUGAGGUUCUUGAGCAUUAACGUCUUGGUGAGUUUAUUUUUUUGUUUUUUUUGUUUAUGUUUAGAUAAAUCGUUUUUUUUGGUAGCAAAAGGUUUGUUAUCGAUAAAAUAAAACGUAUUUUUGAUGAACUUGAUGGUAAAGUUAUGUUUACGGGAUUUAAAAUUCAAAUUAAAAGCUGUGAACAAGUAUAAUUUUGUGAUUUAGAUUUGGCUUCGUUUGAUGGCGGUGAUCAAUGUUGCUGUGGCUUUUAUCAGUAUAAUUGCGGUUCACCGUUUUAUGAUGAACCGCAUUGAUCGAUAUCGUUAUGUGGACGUUAGCUCACGAAGAUAUUAUUAUCUUGUUCAAAUGGUUGCGGUGUUAUACUUUGUUCAACUUUUUGCUGCUGUUCAUUGCUUGGUUUAUGCCAUUUUCCGGAAAACAAUCAUCAAAGCUGAAAAUUUGCCUUUUUUGAAUGUAAGUUGACAUAAUAUUAAUGUUUUGAAUAUUAUUUUAAUUAAUUCGAAUGAUAUUAUGUAUAUUUUGAGGUGUUUAUGCGUUUUUUUAGUUUGUGUGCUUCCCAAUUUCAAUUGUCUUUAUUGGUAUAUCUCUGCAAAAAGAACGCUUUCCUAUUCACGUCGUUCUGUUAGUGGGAUCGGUGUUUGGAUACAUUGUUAGUUUGAACGUUGUUACCUACGUGAAGACUGGAUAUUGUUGGUUUUCGAAGAAUGUUGAUGCUCAACGUGUUGCUCAGCAUGUUCCAAACAAGAAUAUCUUCAUUUGGCAUGAACUUUCGGCCGAUUUGAGGAAGAGACUUUACUGCAACAAGUUGAAUGUAAGUUCUUCGUAACGAAAUGUCUUACUUUUGUUUUAAGUUUACGUUUUGGCGUUUAUAGAGCUAGGUUCUUAAAAGCUUUUUUUGUAUUGGUCGUAUGGUUUAGGCUUUAAGUUUAUUUUUUUUAGACCUACAGUUUGAUCAGUGCAAUCUUGUGUGUAGCCAUUCCAGCUGUCAAUUGCUUUUUUUUCUCUUGCUGUUGGAUUUGUGGAAUUGAGCGUUGUGUUCCUCUUUUUGCUGGCGAUCAGCUGCUUUGA